AUGACGGGCAACCAGGCAGGCGGUUCCAGCAGACAUCCCUUAUGCCGGGUCCUUGAGGUGUGCGCCUGUGGCUUCCGCUUAGGCCAAGACCUUCUCAGGGCAGGCAGUGUUUGUCCUCCUCCUGGUUUCCAUACUGAAAUUAUUGGAGGGAGAGAAGUUCAGCCACAUUCCAGGCCAUUUAUGGCUUCCAUCCAGUACCGCAGCAAGCAUAUUUGUGGAGGAGUCCUGAUCCAUCCGCAGUGGGUGCUAACAGCCACCCACUGCUACUCUUGGUGAGUCCCCUGUGCUUUUCCAUGUACACUACCUCCCACCAUAGUUUUAGGAGCACAUUAUCUUUCAAAGAAUGAACCCAUGAAACAGACAUUUGAGAUUCAAGAACUCAUCUCAUUCUCAAGAUUUCAGUCUGGUUCCACAUCACAUGACAUCAUGCUGAUAAAGCUUCACGCUGCUGCAGACCUGAACAAGCAUGUCCAAUUGCUUCACCUGAGAUCUAAAAAAUAUAUUAGAGAUGGAACCAAAUGCCAGGUUACUAGCUGAGGAGCCGCCAAGCCAGAUCUGUCAACCGCCUCUGAUACCCUGUGAGAAGUCACUGUUACCAUCAUAAGUAGAAAACACUGCAACAGCCAAAGAAGCUACUACAACUGCAAACCUGUUAUAACCAAGGACAUGAUAAGUGCAGGAGAUGCCAGAGGCCAAAAGGAACCCUGCAAGGGUGACUCUGGUGGCCCUUUGAUCUGCAAAGGCAUCUUCCAUGCCCUAGUCUCUCGGGGCUAUAGAUGUGGUAUCCUCAACAAGCCUUGAAUCUAUACUCUAUUGACUAAGAAAUAUCAGACCUGGAUCAAAAGCAAGCUUGCCCUAUCGAGUGCACAUUGAGACUGCAAGUGAUUUUCCUGGAUCUGCCAGUCACUUGCUUCUUUUUCCAGGAUCUGCUUGCAGACCAGCGUCCUCUUCAGAGGUAGCUUGCUACAGGGAGAACGCGGCACAGAUGAGAUGUAUUUCUGUUCCUCAGAAAUUCAUUUUGUUAGGGAGCCAUGCAUGCUCUCUUUUUCAUGUGUGUCAAUGAUUUAUUUUUACCAUGCUGGUUUCAUUCUAAAUAAAAUGUGGAAGUCUG